AUGGCUGGCCGACUCCCAUCCCUGACGACACGGGUGUCGCAGCUCUCCAUUUCUCCAAUUACCGCAACCAAUCGCUCGCCUCUCCUCUCUCUCCUCGCUCCUCAAUUCCAUCAACAAACCCGCACUGCCUCUAUCCUAAGCUCCCUCUCCGAUACACCCGGAGCAUACAACAAGCGAAUUCGAAGAGGUCGAGGUCCUGCCUCUGGAAAGGGUAAAACGUCCGGAAGAGGUCACAAAGGUCAAAAGCAGCACGGAAAAGUGCCCUAUAACUUCAAUGGUGGUCAAACGCCCGAGAGCAUUGUGCAUGGCGAAAGGGGAUUUACCAACUAUUGGUCUACGGACCUCGUAACCGUAAACCUCGACAAAAUCCAAGACUGGAUUGACCAAGGCCGCAUCGACCCCAAAUAUCCCAUCACAGUCCGCGAACUCUUCCACUCCAACUGCGUACACCAAUUCCGCGACGGCGUCAAAUUGCUGGCUCGCGGUAAAGAAAACGGUCUUAAACAGCCCAUCCACAUAGUCGUAUCACGCGCUUCUGCCGACGCUAUUGCUGCCAUCGAAGCAGCCGGCGGCUCCGUCACAACCCGUUUCUAUACAAAUGCAUCCAUUAAGCGGAUUUUGAUGGCCAAAACACACCCAUUCUACUCAUUGGCUUGGUCUGAGAAGAGCGGUAGUGAAUUCCUCAUGAAAGCUUUGGGGGCUGCCAAUGAACAAGAGGCAGCAGACCUUAAAGAGUCGAAGAUUAUGGAAAGAGGAAAUUUUACAUAUCGGCUACCGGACCCAACGCACAGAAAGGAUAUUGAGUAUUAUCGUGAUCCGGCUCAUAGGGGUUAUUUGAGCCAUUUGGUUAAACCAAGUGAGGGACCUAGUUUGUUCUUCUUGUCGCCGGCGGAGAGGAAGUCUUCGGCUGGUGUUAAGAAGGAGAAGACUUUGGCGCCGAAUAGGCUUUGGUAG